CACUCUUCUCGCCGUUGAAACUGGCAACAGUGAUUCAGGUGGCGCUUGAGUGAGAUACUAAUUUUUCUAAUCAUUUUUCAGAAAACGUGUGUUUGAUAUAAACAAGUUUGGGAAGUAGGUUACGCGAUAGUUUUACAGAUGGCUGAAGGAAACAGUCCAAUGACUGAAGAGGAUAGACAUAGACUUGUUCAAGAUAUGGAUAAAGACUUGGAUAAUUAUCUAAAAAACAUGAAACCAAAGAAGUAUGCAGAUGGAUGGUCUGAAGACAAUUGGGAGCAGGAAAUGCAAGAGCACCCAGCUUUUAGAACAGAACCUUUAGAUGAAACACGUGAACUUCCUCCUUGGAUUGAAGCACUUCAGCAGCUGAAAUAUGACUCUGAAGAGAACACAGCAGAGGAAUUGGCUCUAAACUACAAAGAUGAUGGGAAUGAAAAUUUUCGACUGAAGAAAUACCACUGGGCAAUAAAGUCUUACACAGAAGGAUUGAAGCAAAGGUGUUCAAAUACAGAACUGAAUGCCCAACUUCUUACCAAUAGAGCAGCUGCAAAUUUUCAUAUAGGUAACUACAGAUCAUCUUUCAAUGAUACUGAAGCUGCUCUGAAGUUAAAGCCUAACCAUAUGAAGCUUAGUGAGAGGGGCCCAGUGUUGCUGGAAGUUGGAAGAUUUAAAGAUUGUGUUGUUUGGUGUGACAAAGGACUUAAGCUAGAACCUGGUAACCAGACCCUGUUAGAACUGAGGAAAAAAGCUAGCAAUGAACAGAAAGUGGCUGAAAGAAAUAAAAGAAAAGCAGCUCUAGAGGAAAAAGAAAAACUGAAAGUUGAUGAAAAGCUCAUAAAAGCAAUACAGGAAAGAGGGAUUAAGUUAUUCACGAAAUUUGGCAGCACAAAGACCUGCAGUGUUGAGACUUUGUCAUUCUUGCAACCUGUCCAUCCAGCUGCUGCAUCAUCAAAAGUGCACCAAGAUGAAAAUGGUGCUCUCCUGUGGCCUGUUUUAUUCCUUUAUCCUGAAUAUGGUGAAAGUGACUUUAUAGAAGCAUUUCAUGAGGACAGCAGGUUUGCUGAUCAUCUAGAGGUGAUGUUUGGAUCCAGUGAUGUCCAUCCACCAUGGGAUGUAGAGAAAAAGUACUUGCCUUCAGAUAUCGAGAUUUAUUUUGAAGAUAUCAAAAAAUCCACUCAUUGUAAAGUUGAUACUUCUCAUACUUUAAGACAAGUUUUGUCUGAUCCAAGGUACUAUGUUACUGCAGGAAAUCCUACCUUUUUACUGAUAGUCAGAAACUCCAGUUUUCAUAAAAAGUUCAUUCAAAGCGAGCUAAGCGAAUGAAAUGCAGAGCAGGAAGCAUCUUUUGACAAUUUUGUUUUAAAAUAAAAUGUGUAUAAGACAGUCGUACUCCUGUAACAAAUAAAUCUAAACAACCAUGGAUUUAUUUUUUUUUACUCUAUGAAUUCAGAAUUAAUUGUGCAACACAAAACGUCUGAGAGUGUACAGUACAGUGAAGUACAGUGUAGGUUUUUACAAUGUAUUUGGUAACUGUUGGAAAUGCAUAAUAAAUAUCGUGAUAUAGCAUUCAGUUGUAAAAUAAAAAUAUAUAAUAAACUACAUUAUAAAACUGUACAAAAAAACGCCGUAUACAAACGUUUUUGGAACAACAGAAGCUACAUAACACUAUAGUAUAGAGUGAGGCACAGAACGAAAAACUAUCUAGUAAACUAUUUAAAUGCAGAGAUAUUUAACAAAUUAUGCUAAAUUAUACGAUACAGAAGAUUGCAGUAAGAUGUGUAUUAUCAUGAAGUACAGUUCGGAAUGCUGUGAAACGUACUACAAUGUAUAAUAAAUAUUACAAGAAAUCAAAUUUCGUUUAUUAAUUUUUUAUCAUGAUUUGAGCAUUUUCAGAAUUUCAUAUUGCAGAUUCUUCUAUUUUUUUCUGUUUUAACUACAUCUAAAUCUUUACAUCAAUUAUGAAAAAACACCUAAAUGAUCUGUUUUUAUUUUUUACAUAUCGGUAAUUUUCGAGUCACUAAAGAAUUUCUAUGUGGGUGUCUGAACAUGAGGAAUGUAGUUCUUGAAACAUUCAUGCUAAUAAAUACCGUAAUAUACAUACAAUUUUGCAGAUUUCGCUUGUACACAACAGGCUACGUUCCAACAUUAACUGCCGAAAACCCAAGUCAAUGUCUCGAUAUCUAAUGGCUUUCUUCAAACUAAAUUGUUUGCAGUUACACCCACAGAACCACCCAGUAUCACAGCGAUAUGUCUGCGGACUUACAUCGCUAGAAACUAGGUUUCGAUACCCGUGGUGGGCAGAGUACAGUUAGCCCAUUGUGCAGCUUUUUUCUUAACUACAAAUAAAUACACACACACAAUCUUUCAUCACCACAAGCGUAUCUUUUCUGCUAUCAAACUGCCAUCGUUAGAAUCUAAUCUUUUGUUUAGUAAUGGUUUUCUGUCAGUUCGUUUUCAACUUUUAUCUCGGCAAUAUGUAAUUGAUAUAAACUACAGUUAGAGAAAAUAUCCGAUUUAUCCACAUAGUAUUAUUUCAUAUAUAUAUUGUGUAUAUAACUACAGAAAUAUAAGUCACUUAUCAUGUUAUAUUUACACUUAAACUUUCAGUGAAUUCGAGGAUAAGCAGGCUGCCCAUUUUCUGACUUUCAAAGUAUAUAAAUGCUGACAAUCAAGAAUAUGAAUAACAGAAAUAAUUAUACUAUACAUAGUUUUAUGUCUUUGUUUAUAUUGAAGGAAUUCAGAGAUUAUCAAGCGAUUAGCCAUGAUGAUGGCAAUACUGAGACACACUAUCACCUAAAACAUCGGCCAGGCUUAUGAAACAAUAUUGUUGUAACUUUAAUCAGCAGUUUAACCAUUUAUAAUUUCCGUAUGAUAUUUGCAUUUACAAAUAUGUAAUGUACACUGAAUGUUAUUAUCUGAAAAGCCCCCAGUAGCACAGCGGUAAGUCUGCGAGUUUAUAACGCUAGAAACCGGGUUUCGAUACCCGUGGUGGGCACAACAUAGUUAGCCCAUUGUGUAGCUUUAUACUUAACUAGAAACAAAAAAAUGGAUAUACAUGUAACUGGCUGUAAAUAUCCAAAUUGAUAAAAUUACAGUAUAUCUGUGUGCUUUCAUGUUCAUUGUGAAAAAUUGUUUGUAUUAUAAGAUAUGGGUUGUUAUAAAUUUCAAAUAAAGUUAAUAUUCAUAAAGAUA